AUGACGGCUCCGCUAGAUCCAAGGGACGAUCCAAUCGUCUAUCUUGUCACGCAGGAUUAUAAACUCUACCCGUUGCCACGUAGCUUAGCAUCAAGAUUUGGGCUCAUACAAGAUAUCCUGAGUUUGGGAAAUCCACUCGAAGAUCCAAUUCAAUUACACAACGUCCAAUCGCUCCAAAUGGAGCUCAUUCUUAUUUGGAUUCAAACUCAUGAAAAUGAUCCACCAGACACUGAUUAUGACACUUUGCCAUUUACACAACGCGAUCUUUCCAUUAUUGGAAUAACCAUGAGAUACAUUACACCAAUUUUUGAAGCGGCAUUUUACUUGAAUUUUCCUCCGCUCAUCAAAAUGUCAGCGCGAGUGGUUGCCGAACUUCUUCGCAAUCGCACAAUUGAAGAAAUGCGACAAAAUUUGGAGGUUGAGAAUGAUUUCACGACUGAACAAUUGGAAGAAAUUGUGCGCGAAAAUCAUUGGAAUCCGGAAAAUUUUCCACGUGAUCACCCAGUUUGGCGUUGA